AUGGCGAAUGUGGAGUCUGUUCAUAUCUAUCUAUCUAUCUAUCUAUCUAUCUAUCUAUCUAUCUAUCUAUCUAUCUCAGUCUGUUCAUAUCUAUCUAUCUAUCUAUCUAUCUAUCUCAGUCUGUUCAUAUCUAUCUAUCUAUCUAUCUAUCUAUCUAUCUAUCUAUCACAGAAAAUAAAUAAAUAUUUCUCUCUUCUGUUCAUAUCUAUCUAUCUAUCUAUCUAUCUAUCUAUCUAUCUAAGCCUGAUUAUUAUCUAUCUAUUUAUCUAUCUCAGUCUGUUCAUAUCUAAGUCUUCUUCAUAUCUAUUUAUCAAUCUCAGUCCUUUCAUAUCUAUCUAUCUAUCUAUCUAUCUAUCUAUCUAUCUAUCACAGUUUGUUUAUAUUUAUCUCUUUAUCCCAUUCUGUUCAUAUCUAUCAGUCUGUUCAUAUCUAUCUCAGAUAGAUAUGAAUAGACUAAGCCUGUUCAUAUCUAUUUAUCUAUCUAUAACAGUCUUUUCAUAUCUAUCUAUUUCUGUUCAUAUCUAUGUCUUUAUCACAGUCUGUUCAUAUCUGUCUAUUUCAAUCUGUUCAUAUCUCUCUAUUCCAAUACGUUCAUAUCUCUCUAUUCCAAUACGUUCAUAUCUCUCUAUUCCAAUCUGUUCAUAUCUAUCUAUUUAUCUGUUAUGUCUUCAUUCCAUUGAAUGA